AUGUCAAAGAAACCCCACGUUUCCGCUAAGCCAUGGCCAGUUAUUAUAAACGUAUCCUUGUCGAACAGCGAAGUUCGUCAGAUACUAGAAAAGGACCAUAAAGUACGAGUAAGCGACACAACAGGCGAGGACACUAUUAUUUUCCCAUUAUCUUCUGUCGCCUUCUUGCUUCUCGAACUGGAUCGCGUUAUGGUUGGAAAUGGGAAAGGAGGCGAAAGUCUCGACCUACAGCUUAUAAAAAGGCUGGAGAGAUUUCAUCAAAUCCACAGACAUUGCUAUGUGAUAGUUGUGUCCCAAAUGAUGGCAUCCAAACAACUGGAAUCCCUAGUGGCUCUUCAAGGAAGGUUUUUAAAUUUACAUAUGGGAUUUAUUCCAGCACACAACCCCAAAGAGAUUAUAGACUGCAUGAUAAGUAUUACCAAGGUAACUUGCAAACCACUCUCACAAAUUAUCCAAGACCGACUUCAAAAUCUGCAGUCAUCAACACUAACUGAGAGUGUGGUACUUCAUGUUCUGUCAAAUCUGGGACUUACAAUGCAUGAUAUCCUUUAUUAAUCAUUAUAUAUCA